CUUUUCUUUUCUCAUGAAAGAAUAAAGCAUACUUUUUCUUUUUGGCCCAGACGCUGAGAUUGGAAGAGGAAAACAUGGUGCAGUUCCUGUUGAGGAUUACGGCGGAGUUGGAAAACCUCACUAACCUUCAGCCGCAUGGCGGUUUUGACGAUUCUAACUUCACUUAUAUGUUCAAGCUGAGAUGCGGUUGUGGUGAGGUGACUGAGAAGGAGACCUGUGUGAGCUUGAGCGAAACUGUUCCACUCCCUACAGGAAGGGGGGAUGCUCACCUUGUUCAGAAGUGCAAGUUCUGUGGGAGGUCUGGAACUGUGGCCAUGAUCACUGGACAAGGCCGUCCAUUGACAGAUGAGGCUAGUCAAUCAGGGUCAUUUACGCCAGCAAUGGUCUUCGACUGCAGGGGUUUUGAGCCAAUGGAAUUUCACUUUAGUGGCAAAUGGCAGGCUGAAUCUAUUAAUGGGGUGAAAUUUGAGGACAUUGACUUGUCUGAUGAGUACUGUGCCUAUGAUGAGAAGGGGGAGUGCCCAGUUGCGAUUUCCAACCCUCGUGCUGAAUUUACUAAACUUUCAGAGAAAGUAGGAAAAUAAAUAGAUAAACAAAAACAAUUUGGCAACUAAUGGAACCAAAGUUGGUGCAUAUAAAGUGAGUGAUUGGACUGAUGUUUGGAAGCUUAAGUAUUUUCUUGCAGCUAUAUGUACAAUCAACAAUGUCCAUCACUGCAUGAUAUGUAUAUCAUAGUCUCUAACUUGGUAAUGGAUGUUCAUUUUGGAGUCGGUUGUCAUUCAUAUAAAAGCUCCAUUUGAUGAAUUACAAUUUCUACGAUAACUCUAACUUGUUAAUGAACGUUCAUUUUGAGUGUUCUCA